GCUUCAUACUACUGGUGUGAUACUACGCGGCUCUCUCCAAUUCAAAUUGUCCUCUGCCAGACUAGCAACCUGCGGCACUUGUGACGACCUGACAGACCUCGCACGAUCGACAUCAUCUCAGGCCGUCAUGGCACAUCCAGGCUCAUGGCCCACCGAUCCAUGUACCGAGUCCGAUUAUGAUGACGACGAUGAUCUCGAUGAAUUCCAACUUGAUGAACCUAUGCUCAGUUAUGAGGAUGACUUAGCCUGUGUCGGUCUUGGUGGACCGUCAACGCCCCAGACUAACGGAAUUCCAAGCGGCGUGGAACCCAGCAGUAUAUACUUCCGCCGCGACGGAAACCAUUUGUUCUUCAACGGCAUGGGUCGCAGUUCGUUGGAAACGGACAUGGCUACCAAACCUUCCAAGCCUUCCAAGCCUUCCAAGAAGAAAGCAAGGACAUCUCUCAAGCGUCACCCUGUCUUCCCGCAAAUGAUGAUCCCGGUCCGCAUGCAAGCUGGUAACAAGGGUGCCGUCAAGAAAGGAACGGUCCCAUCAAACAAGUCUGAGCUUGUGCCUGUCAUGUCAGUCGAAUGUCCUAUCCCAGGCGGAAGUACAACUACCGUGACGGUUGACCCGGUGCAAAAUGUCAGCUGGGGACCAAUCACGAGGGUUGAGGCAAGUAAAGAAGCGAGAGACCUUGUCAAGCAAUACUUAGCCGGCAGUGAAGAUUCUGGCGACGAGAACGACAACAGGAUGGAUCAGGAGUCCAAAGCCCAAUCUCUCAAGCACACUCCAACUCCUGUUCUCGCAACUGAGCAGCUUGGAGGUGAAGAUGAAUCAGCUACAACGACUAGCUCGCACGUCGGGACUGACAGCAGCAACUUGACUAUGCGCAUUCCUCGCCCACCGCCACCUAGUCCACCAGAGUCCAUAUUUCGAGCUGCAAUGUCCAUGCCGACCCUUCCAGUCCUCAAUCGCAUCUCCGAUGUCGCCCUCGUCGAGCAGUACCGUGUUCAGCGUGCUGCCGACCCGCAAGCUUUUGACAAGGAGAACCGUGCCAUCAAACAAGGACUCAUGGAUGCAAAAGUCGCAAGAGGAGGCAGAGCAAAGUUGCUAAAGAACGAGUACACCGUGGAGUUGGCGAGCAGAGAAGAUGCUACGACUGCGGAGAAGUGGUCUUCGGCAAACAUCGUCAAGAUGAGAUCUCGAGGCAAUACUUUGACCGCCCCUUCCACCACCGAGGGCACACUUACAGCUUCUGCUAUGGAGGCUCUCCAGAUUCGGGGUGGGGAGUCACAACCUAAUAGGCAGGCAACCCAAGUCAGCGGUGCCGACAACAUUGCCCAAUCGGCGUCAUGCUGGACUGGACACGUCGAAGUUCCAGACGCAAGAGGCAUCGCAGCUGAGAAACUCAAACACGAGAAUGUCAAGGUCAAGCCAUCCAAGUUGUCACCUCGCCAACUCAAAGCCCGCCUCCGCUCUCUCGACCUUGCGUCGCACGUCGCCAAAGCCACCAGCUACGGCUCGAUCCGUCAUCAACAUUCAGAGCAACGCGAGAUUGGCGAUCAUGGCGAGAAGCGCACUGUCAAGACGUGGAUCGAAAUCACACAGGUGUAUGAGGUUCCUGCUCCCCAAACGCUCAGCUUGACCGACAUUGUCGCCGCAGUCGAGAUGGAAAGCGAUGUCAAAGAGGAGAGCAACAGCGAUGGUGAAGCAAGUGUCAAGAACGACAAGAAAACCAAGGACAUGAAGGACAUGAAGGCUAAGGCCAAGGCCAAGGCCAGACGUGGCAAAGCAACACGCAAGAAUUCCGUGACCGACACCGUCACUUCCGACGACGACAGCGACGCCGAGAACGAAUCCACCCCCAAUGAAGGCGAAGAAGAAGUUCUGCAACCCGAGACACAACCCGAGUACUUGCUCCGCGCACUCACGCACUUCGGCGAAGAUAUCAAUCCGACUCGCUUGACCGAGAUGGCCGACGGUCUUAGACGGAUAGUGGCGGAUUUGCGUAACAGCGGUUCUCUCAGAGAGGAUGAGGAGUAACGUUGAGUCAGUGGAUUGCUUCAACUAUCUACUUCUCUGAAGCAUUAGUCAUGUUUUGCCAUGCUCGAGGUGCUAAAAAAUCAUGAAGGAGAAAAGACGAGACAAGAAUGAUGCGGGCGCUUGGUUCAGCUGUGACUGAUAUCGUACUGAGAGGUGCUGUCCUGGGCUCAUACGUGCUGAGCAAUGGGCUGGAACAAGCGGUGCCUUACUAUGGGCUUAUGCUGGCCAACAGGGGUGGAGCUGGUGCAAUUUCGUCGAGCUGGAGUCUUCAAGGACUGGGAAAUGGGAAAGAGUGCCCCAAUGUGAGUGAUAUUGGAGCUGAAUCAGGCGUGUUGAUGGCAUCAAGGGCUUUCAGACGUUCAUCUUGAAGUGGUUUGCUGUACGUAAUUCUAAUCGGCGAGUGCCUUGAACGGCG